AUGUCCUGCAGCCUUUACGAUGCUCAGGAAGAUGCGCCAGCUCCCGUUCCACCGUCGACUGCGAUGACUGGGACAUUGGUUUCGUCGCUGCACCGGUUGAAGGAUGUGGACAACACAGACGGCGGGUUCUUCGUGUGGGGCGACUUGUCCAUCAAGAUUGAAGGAGAGUUUCGGUUGAAGUUCUCGCUCUUUGAAAUGCGAAAGACAGAUGUUGUAUUUCUGAAGUCCAUCAUUUCGGAGCGAUUUACUGUCUCGCCGCCAAAGAGCUUCCCGGGAAUGGCCGAAUCAACCUUUCUUUCCAGAUCUUUCGCAGACCAAGGGGUGAAGCUCAGGAUUCGCAAGGAGCCACGAACGUUAAUAAAGAGGUCAGCACCACGGCCAGAAGAUUAUGCCCAGAGUAUCCCUCCGCGGUCUCCUGAACGAGCGUCGAUGCAGAUCCCUGGAAGUGGCUAUCCUGCGCCCCCAUACCAGUCCGCGAGUCGGGACUAUGGUGGAUACUACGCGCCCGUAAAGCGCCAGCGCACAUCAGUGGACUAUGGCACUAGAGGCAUGUACGAUGCAGACGGGCGCAUGCGUCAGAUGGAGGCAUACCCCCAGACUGCGGCCAUGUAUGGCCAAUCAGGCGGCUAUCCGGCGCCUAUGAUGGGAUACCCAUCAGGACACGCUGGUGUUCCUGAUUAUGCGGUUCGUCAACCUCAGAAUUAUUGGUGGCCUGCCAAUGAGGAUCAUCUCGAACCCAAGAGCGAGAGCGGUUCCAAGGGUGGGGAGAAGUGGCAGUAA